AACACUUUUUUCAUCUUUUGCCUAAAAUAAUAAUAAUAAUAUUAUUAUAAUAUGAUAAAUAUUCUCAACGUUUUAAAUAUUCAUCAAAACAGCAAAAAACCCACAUUUCAUUUUCUUGAUUCUUCUCCUUAAUUAAUCUAAUAAACACUCCAAAAACCUUCACUCCAUAUCUCUGAAAACCCUAGUAAUGGCCGCACUCUCCUUCCUCUCACUUCCUCUCCCCUCCAAAACCAGCAUAGCUGCCUCUUACUCAUCCAACCCUCCCCUCCCCGGCCGCAAGCUCCGUGCUGCCGUUAUCGGAGGAGGUCCGGCGGGAUCUUCCGCCGCCGAAGCCCUAGCUUCCGGCGGCGUCGAGACCUUUCUCUUCGAGCGGAGCCCCUCAAAUGCGAAGCCCUGCGGCGGAGCCAUCCCGCUAUGCAUGCUCGCCGAGUUCCAGAUCCCCAAUCACCUCAUCGACCGCCAUGUCACCCGCAUGAAGAUCUUCUCGCCCUCUAAUCUCGCCGUCGAUUUCGGCAAGACGCUCCUGCCGCACGAGUUCAUCGCCAUGCUCCGCCGCGAAGUCCUCGAUUCCUUCCUCCGAUCGCGAGCCGAAUCGAGCGGCGCCGAGCUCAUCUCCGGCCUCGUCACGGACCUGAAGGUCCCAACCAUAACUGGCGCGCCGUACGUCGUGGAUUACGUGGUCGGAGGCUCGCGGCGCGAGCUAGCCGUGGACGUGGUGGUCGGCGCGGACGGAGCCAACAGCCGAGUCGCGAAGUCGAUCAGAGCCGGAGAUUACACGUGUGCUAUUGCGUUUCAGGAGAGGAUCAGAUUGCCGGACGAGAAAAUGAAGUACUACGAGAAUCUAGCUGAGAUGUACAUUGGAAACGACGUGUCGCCCGAUUUUUACGGGUGGGUUUUCCCAAAGUGCGACCACGUGGCGGUCGGCACGGGAACGGUGCGUGCCAAGCAGGAAAUCAAAGUGUACCAGAGGGGGAUCAGAGAGAGGGUGAAACCGAAAAUCAACGGUGGAAAAGUGAUCAAAGUGGAGGCCCACCCAAUACCCGAACAUCCGCGUCCUGUACGGAUUCGAGGACGCGUGGCACUCGUGGGUGACGCGGCUGGUUACGUGACGAAAUGUUCGGGGGAGGGAAUAUACUUCGCGGCGAAAUCAGGUAGGAUGUGUGGGGAAGCGAUAGUAAGAGCGUCGGAUGGAGGGGAGAGAAUGGUCGACGAACGUGAUUUGAAGAGGGAGUAUUUGAAAGAGUGGGAUGCGAAGUAUGUGAGUACGUUUAGGUUUUUGGAUUUGUUGCAGAAGGUGUUUUAUGGUAGCAAUGCAGCGCGGGAGGCACUAGUGGAGUUGUGUGGGGAUGAGUACGUGCAGCGAAUGACAUUCGAGAGCUAUUUGUAUAAGAAAUUGGCUGAUGGGAAUAGGUGGGAAGAUGCUAAAAUGUUGGUGAAUUCAAUUGGGAGUUUGAUGAGGUGUAAGAUUAUUGGGGAAAAGAUGGAGGCUUUAACUUUGUAGUAAAUGGAAGCUUUGUUUUUUCUUUUUUUCCCGAAUUUUAUGAAGUCUAAAACUUAGUGAAGUUUCUGC